AUGCCCCAAGAAGAGGCACAAGACUGGUUUCACACCCUGCCACCAUGUUCAAUUUGGAACUUCAACAAAUUUUCCUUGGUUUUUACUAAGGAAUAUUUAUCCGACCGCUCGAUCAAGAAGAAGUCUGACCACCUCUUCAACAUGAAGAAAGACCCGAAUGAGUCAUUUCGAACAUACGUCAAGAGGUUCAAGGCGGAGAAGGCAAAGACUUUCAGAUGCGAUGACAGCAUUGCAUGCUCAACCUUCUGGAAAGGGCUCCCAGCAGAUCACCCAUUUUUCGAAGAACUGAUCAUGGGCGAGAACUUGACCCUGAUAGAUUGUUAUGCUUUGAUCCUUCGCGACCUUAAAGACAAGUUGUGGUUCAAAGUGUCGCUGCCCAAAAUGGGGGACACCUCCAAGAUAGAACAGACAAAGUACUGUGCAUUGUACAGAGGUCCCAUGCACAUAACCAACGACAACACCACAUGGAUGAAGUACCUUGAGAAGCUCGUGAAGGAAGACAAGUGCGACCAAUAUGUUGAUAGGCCAGCUGCCCGACCAAGACGAGAAGUAGACGCCUAUAUCGAACCUCUAACCAAGAUGAUUCGAAUCAAUGACAUCUUUGCCAAAUUCGAGCAUCUGGGGGCCACCAACAGUUCCAAUAAAAGAAAAAUCCGACAGGCAAGGUCGGUCUUUCAGGUUCAAGCCAUAGAUGUUGUACCCAGACCAAUUGUUGGCUUUACCGAGCAGGACGAUGAGGGAGUAGACUUUCCCCACGAAGACGCUUAG